AUGAGUCUGGAUAGCGCACGGAAGGCUCGGUGUUCAGCUUUCGAUGAACGCGCUUCGUUGAGGAACAUUGAAGGCGCGAAAGGCCCCGGAGCAGAACGCGGAGAGGAUAAUGACAUUGACAUGCAAGGCGCGUCAAGCAGAACAAACCGGCCAAAGGUUCAACAAGCACCGGCGCCACGGCCGAGCCUCCGUUCCCAGACAAGACACAGGUCCAAGCCACUCGAACCCUACGUUUCCCGGCCGCUCGAAGUGGAGUCCAUCAUCCAGCGAAACGAACAUCGACGGGCCCGAGUCGAGCUGGGCCUUUAUCUGAUCCUAGACCAGCCUCCAGCAGACAACGCGCUCGUAUUCCCUCCCUUGGCUACUAGACCUUGCUACGACGUCGAAGACAAUUACUGGCCGGACUCCUUCUCUCAUCUCUCAGAUCGCUCGAUCCCCUGCAACUCUUCUCUGUCAUCUUACUUCACUAACCCUCACCAUCCCUCCAUCUUCCGCCCAGUCAAAGAUUGGUGGUCCUCGCGCCGGGGCAAAAGUACUAGACAUGCCCCGAUUCUAGUGGAUUAG